AUGGAUUUAAGCUUCAACCCAUCUAUUUCUACCUUACAAGAUCAUAGCCUUCUAGUAGAUAGGCUUACCAAUUUACCUGAUGAAUUGUUAAUUCGAAUAAUUUCUUCGCUUCCUACCAAAUAUGCUCUUGCUACAUGCAAUUUGUCUAAGAGAAUGAGGCAUAUUUUCCCUUGGAUUACCAGCCUCAGCUUCGAUUAUUCACAUAUAUAUCCUUGUCGUAGACAUUGCUAUGAAAUCGAAUGCUUACGACCUUUUGUGACCUUUGUAGAUAAUGUGCUUCAUGCAUACAAGUCUAGGUAUCUCACCAGGUUUAGACUUGGAGUUGGAUGUGUUCCAUGUCGUUUACCUGACUUGAAAUCCACGCAACUUAACGCGUGGAUUUCUUUUGCAUUAGCUCGUUGUGGCCUCAAAGAGCUCGAUCUCUGCCUUCAUUUGAAGGAUCGAAGUCAUAUUCAGCUCCCUCCGGAAAUAUUCACUUGUGAAACAUUGGAGGUGUUGAAGCUUGAUAUUAACAUUGGUCUUGAUCAAGUUUUCGACAUGCCAUCCUUUCGUCUUCCAAACUUGAAACGUUUCCACCUAUAUGUUGAGUCCCUUUCUAAAGAUGAAUUUUUAACGAGCCUAGUUUCGAGCUGCCCUUUACUCGAAGAGCUUAGUGUGGAAGCCCUUUGGAUUUAUGGUUGCAAUAUAAGUAUCUCUUCUACUUCUCUUCGGAGACUCUGCUUAAGAUUUUAUAACAGCACUGUGUUUUUGCGGAUACAUACUCCUAAUCUUUUGGAUCUUAAGUACACGGAUAACUUAGUAUUAGAGUACUCUGUCACAACCAUGAACUAUCUUGUUAAAGCACACAUCAAUAUCUUUUCUACAAUCCGAAGAGUUUACUGUCUGGAUAUUCUUAGCUUGAGCAGAUCGUUUUCUAAUGUUCAACAUUUAUGUUUGAUCAUCUCGUCCUCGGAGAUUCUACAGUAUCGCGACGUAAAGGAUCGACUUCCGGUGUUCCGUAAUCUGAAAUGGCUAGAGCUGGGUAUAGCUCGAAAUUUAUAUUGGAACGGACUGUUGUUCGCAUUUCUGAACUUUUCGCCUGUCUUAGAAACACUUGUUUUCCUGCAGGGAAUAAGUUCUGAAAGCACCGAUGCAGUACUCAGAAAACGCGAGGAUAUAAGGAAGGCGCUGCUAAAGGAGUGCUCAGUUUUCAGUUGCAGAUCAGAUGGCAAUACACAACACAUUGCAGAAUUUACCAAGGGCCUCACUCACCUGUUCAUUCGUAGUGCACGAAAAGUUGACAGAUUGAGCUCAGAUGCAGAUGACUGA